GACAGCGGGAGACUGGUCGGGCUGAUGGCCGGCGUCGGCUCCUCGGCCAGCUCCUCCUGCAGCGCCACCACCAUCACCACCAGCAGCUGCGGCGCGUCGACGGGGGGCGCGGACCCCCUGCUCCCACCGCGCCCGAUCCACCACGCCGUCGCGCCCCCUUCGUCGUCGUCGACGGUAGCCAUCACGACGGCCCUCUCGUCGUCGGCUGCGCUGGCGUUGACAUCGUCGACCCUGGCGUCGUCCUCGUCGGCCCCUUCGCCUUCCCUGUCGCCGCCCCCGUCGCUGUCGCCGCCUUCAUCGUCGUCCUCGUCGUCGUCGUCCUGCUCUGCCCUGGGCUCGUCGUGCGGCUCGAGGACGGACGACGAGCUCACGUCGCUCUCGUGGCUCCAGGACUCCAACCUGUCCCAGGCACUGCCCUCUCACCAGUGAAGACAGGCCAAGGGAAUGCGGAGGUGAGCAAGGCUGAGUCUCCAACCAGCGACUAUGGCGAGGAGUCAUCGGAUGCACUGGAACCCGGAGAGCUAACCCUCAACGACCAGCCUCACACACAGCCCUCGCGUUCACAACCUAUACCUUACAAUCCUCAGGUUCAUGUAAAUGCCAAGCCACCAUACUCAUUCUCAUGCCUCAUCUUCAUGGCCAUCGAGGAUUCUGCAAAUAAGGCUCUACCUGUCAAAGACAUCUACGCCUGGAUCCUUGACCACUUCCCCUACUUCAGAAAUGCACCUACAGGAUGGAAGAACUCCGUCAGACACAACCUGUCCCUUAACAAAUGCUUCCGCAAGGUGGAGAAAGCUCCGAACCUGGGCAAGGGGUCUCUGUGGAUGGUGGAUCCUGCGUAUCGCCCCAACCUGCUGCAGGCCUUGAGCAAGACGCCCUUUCACCCCUACUCCAACCUGGAUCGCAUCUACAUGGUCUCCACCAAGGCUGCAUAUAACAACAGGCCAGUGCUGUAUAGCAGGCACCUCGUGGAGACAGUCGGGGCUCCUGGCAGUGUAGCUAAAACAGCCACGAGUGCUGAGGCUGCUGCUGUCAGCCCCUCCAAGCCUGCUGGGGCCAAUGUGCCAGACCCAGAGCUGUUCCCCUACCUUGCCCGACGUCUUGGGUCCUCCACAGCAGGGGCGGCAGCCACCACAGUGAGUGCAGGCCUUGGCACAUCUGCAACAGGAGUGCACAGUGAAGAUGUGGAUGCUGCAGCUGCCAUGCUUGCUCUCAAGCAUGGGCCACGCAUCCUCACGCCAGCUAGUGAAUCCUACUCUAAACUGCGAGAUGGGAAAGACACCUCAGCUUUAUAUGAAGAAAACAGGAAGAGAAAGAGGAAAAGAAAGCACACAGAAGUUGGGGAUGCACGCAUGAUGGUGAUCAGUUCAUCACCUAGUGAGGAUCACUCAUACACUUCCAUGGAUGGCGAUGGGGGGGAGGAGGAGUACCUUCCUGCCCCCCAGACACCACAUGCCACACCAGUCUCAUCAUCGGCUGCUUCCUUUAACCAGCCGCCUCCCGCCAAGAAAGCCAAUCACUCACCCACCUCAAGCGUUGAUGAGGCCUUCUCUGAUGAUUCCUAUGAGAGUGACGUAGCUAGUGAAGCCUCACAGGCAGACAUACGGCAGUUAGUAGAAGGAGCGGAUGCCUUGCUCAACCUGGCAGCUGUGGCCACAUCACUAGCCUCUCAGCGCCCCAUCCCUGGCUCUGGCCCACAGCUUCAGAGUCAACGGCACCAUCACACCCCCUCGCACCAACACUACCAGGCCAACAACCCCUCCCGCCCACGAAAGGUUCAUGUGGCAAAAGGGGAUCUAGGAAAGCCUUUGCAGCAGAAGGGUUCACACAAGGCCAAGGCAGAGGUACCCCACAACAACAACACUAUAAUCAACAACAACAACAAGGUCCUAAAGAUGAGAAGGCUUGGGGGAGCAGCCCAAGGGCGGGGAGGCACAAGGAGCCAGCUCCCAGCUUCACGGUAGGAGAGGGUUUAGACACAGGGAUGCAGGAAGGGGCUCUUUGUAGUCCACAAAGUGUUGCCUGAGGAAAUGGCAUGGCAUAAGGAGUGCUGACAUGUAAGGAAAGGAAAAGGAAGGUUGUCUAACCUAGUGUGCAAGGAACUGCAGUGGGUCCUAUGCAAUGUAGCUGAAAGUAGUAGUUUAAAUCCUUUUAGUAGAUUUUUUUAAAGACUUUUCUUUUUUUUCUCUCUCUUUCUUUUCUUUCCUUUUUGUGGCAAAGACAGGUUUAAGUUAUUAAGGUGCAUGGGAAACUCUGUCAGUCAAUAUUGUUAUUAAAUGUAGAUAGUUUCUCUUUUUUGUUAUUUGGUGUACCUCUAGUUCUGUCCAUCUUUUCUGAUGAAGCCUUAUGCUAGUGAUGUGUUACAUACUAAGUGCUCAGUUCACUAAUGCAAAAA